AUGCCGGCGUGCGUCCUGUCUCUCCGCGGCAUCCGCGCCACCCCGGCGCUGGCCGCUUCGCUGGCCGCGUGCCGCGCGGAGGGGCCGGCCGGCGCGGCAGACGGCAGCGGGGAGGGCAGCAGCGCGUCUGGGCAGCAGUUGUCUGGGUUGGAGGCUGGGCGGGAUGACGGCGAGGAGGAGGAGGCCCCGGUGGAGGAGGCGCAUGGGGGAGAGCAGCAGGCGGACGUAGAGGAGGAGGAGGAGGAAGGGGAAGAGGAGGUUUGCCAGGAGGAGCGGCAGGGGAAGUCCAGGCGACGCGGGGACGCAACAGCGGCGGUGGCACGAAUGCGGCACGAGCGCAUCGACCAGGCGGGUGGAGGCGCCAGCGCAGGGGGGCGGGGCGCGGCUGCGGCGGGCGACGACACGGAGGGGCGGGCGGGGAACCAGGAUAAUGGGGACGAGGCGCGGCGCGACGUGCGCGGCCAGGACCAAGGGAUGGGCGCCGCGGGUGGCAGGAAGAAGAGGGCCCGCGCCAAGAGCGGUGGCGGCGGCGACAAGAGCGCCAAGCGCACCUGCAGCGGUGGCAAGCGAGGCCGCGGUAGCAAAUCAGGCGGCGACGGGACGGUUGAGGACAAAAAGGAGGAGGAUGCGGAGGAGGAGCGGGGCUUUCCUGGCGCGACGCCGCAGCAGCAGGCGGAGGCGGACCGCGCGUGGGCGGCCGGAGAGGAGGUGGCGGUGCGCCCGCAGAGCGUGCCCGAGAAGACUGAGGAGGAGGAGAGGCUGGAGACCAGCACCGACAACUUCUUUGUCAAGUGCAUCAGGGGCUACCGCCUGAAGAGGGGCCGCCGCGAGUAUCUGGUCAACUGGUGGUUCUUCUCUGCCGCAUGGGACACCUGGGAGCCGCGCGCCAUGCUGAACGUGCCGCCGGCCAAGUACGACUGGGCUCUGCCGAUGCCGCGCGCAGUGGCAAAGAUCAAGUGA